AUGCAAACGCUCCAAGAAGCUGAGCUGUGUUUCCCCCUGCUCCUCAACUCGUCCUGCAGGAGGCUCGUGCUCCCUCAGUCCGUGAGAUUAGUGUCCGUCGCCGCGCUGUCGUUCAUAUCUCUGCUCACGGUGACGCUCAACCUACUGGUCAUCAUCUCGAUAUCACAUUACAGGCAGCUGCACACCUCCACCAACCUCAUCCUCCUCUCUCUGGCCGUGUCUGAUUUCCUCGUCGGCUUACGUAUAUUCUUCCAAACCCUGCUCCUCGACGGCUGCUGGUUGCUCGGUGACCUCAUGUGUAGUCUGUUCAUCGGUUGGGAUUACAUCAUCACCUCCGCCUCCAUAGGAAACAUCGUGCUCGUAUCGAUCGACCGCUACUUGGCUGUUUGUGACCCGAUGCAUUACCUGACCAAAUUCACUCGGAGAAGAGUUAGAGUCUGCGUGUGUGUGUGUUGGGCGGGUUCGGCCCUCUGGCAGACAGUGAUGCUGAGGGACAACCUGAAACCCUCGGGCAGGCUCGUGUCUUGCACCGGAGAGUGUGUGGUCGUUAUAGACCAUGUUUAUGGAUUUGUUGAUCUGCUUGUGACUUUCAUCGGCCCAGUCGGUGUCAUCAUGGUUCUGUAUCUGAGGAUUUUCCUCGUGGUCGUGACUCAGGCCCGUGCCAUACGCUCCCAAAUCACCACCUUUGCUGCGGUGAAAGUCAGAGUCAAGAAAUCUGAAAUCAAAGCAGCCAGGAACCUCGGUUUUGUCAUUCUUGUGUUUCUGAUUUGUAUCUGUCCAUAUUUUGCUGUUUUAAUCUUGAGCCAGGACAACUCAAUCAACACUUCAUCUGAUAUACUCCUGAUGUGUCUGUUUAACUUGAACUUCUGUCUCAACCCCAUAAUCUACGUCCUCUUCUACCCCUGGUUCAGAAAAUCUUUGAAACUCGUUGUUUCACUGCAGAUACUGAGGCCUGGCUCCCGUGACACACAUUUCACGCACAGGUAG